UAUAGCGGUUCUCAGGCCAAUGAGAGGGCGGGGAAUUGGGAUGGAGGCUGGGAGAGAGCCGAGGGGUUUCCCGGGGCUGCCCGCCAGCCCCCAGCAGCCCAGUAGUGACCCCCGCCCCCUGCGCGUCACCCAGCUGGGACCUUUCCCUCCCCCUUGCACUCACUCCUCCACCCCGCUGGUCUUGGAAGCGGGCAGCUCCCGAUGGAGGCGCCUGUGCCCAGGGAUGCCCGGAGCUGCCGGGAGCUCCGCUGGGCGGUAAAGUUUGCCGGCUGACUCGGAAAGUUGCUGCUUCCCCCCGCCUCCGCUCUCUUUCCUACUCUCUUGUCUUCUUGGCUCUGCAAGGCCAGUUUUUUCGUCCCCUUUCCGGCUCCCGCUUCCUGCAGUCCCCUGGCCCCUGCCUGCCUAGAGAUCUCAGACAUAGGGGGAUGUGAGCCUCCCAGCUGCUGAUCAGAGGGAGGGAGAGAGGGAGGAAGAGAAUCAGGGUACCAGGGAGCCAGCAGGGUACCAGGGAACCGCUGGCUCCUCUACUGCUAUCGCCCAGGAGACUGGGCUUGUUGCUCGGGCUGGGUCACUCUCCCAGAGAAACUGAGCUGGCCAGGGGGACAAGUGGAGUGGCCCCAGCCCCACCGGACCUCCGCCCACCAUGGGCAUCCAGGGCAUGGAACUCUGUGCCAUGGCGGUGGUGGUGUUGCUCUUCAUUGCUGUCCUCAAGCAGUUUGGGAUCCUGGAACCCAUGUCCAUGGAAGAUAGUAGUGACAGUGAACUGGAGCUCUCUGCUGUUCGCCACCAGCCCGAGGGGUUAGACCAACUCCAGGCUCAGACCAAGUUUACCAAGAAGGAGCUACAGUCUUUGUACAGAGGAUUCAAGAAUGAAUGUCCCACUGGCUUGGUAGAUGAAGAGACCUUCAAACUCAUCUACUCCCAGUUCUUCCCUCAGGGAGAUGCUACCACAUAUGCACAUUUCCUCUUCAAUGCCUUUGAUGCAGAUGGGAAUGGGGCCAUUCACUUUGAGGAUUUCGUGGUGGGGCUUUCAAUUUUGCUUAGAGGAACAGUCCACGAGAAGUUGAAAUGGGCCUUUAAUCUCUAUGAUAUUAACAAGGAUGGAUACAUCACAAAAGAGGAGAUGCUGGCCAUCAUGAAAUCCAUUUAUGACAUGAUGGGUCGUCACACUUACCCCAUCCUGAGGGAAGAAGCCCCACUGGAGCACGUGGAAAGGUUCUUCCAGAAAAUGGACAGGAAUCAAGAUGGAGUGGUAACCAUCGAAGAAUUCUUAGAGACUUGUCAAAAGGAUGAAAACAUCAUGAGUUCCAUGCAGUUAUUUGAGAAUGUGAUCUAGAAGGAAGAGGCAUUCAUCUGCCACCUUUCCCAGCCUCUGCCUCAGAAGGCUACCUUCACACCAACAGGCACCACCAUCACAAGAAGUUUUUUUUAAACUAAUUUACAAAAAAAAAAGAAGAAAAAAAAACAACAAAACAACAAAAGUCUAAAAG